AUGUCUGUGCUGACUCCACUGCUGCUCAGAGACGUGACAGGCCCGGCCUGGCGGCCCCCCAUGCCGCAGGCCCAGAUCCAUUCCAAGCCGCCGCGGGAGCAACUCGGAACCAUGGAUAUCGCCGUUGGGCUCACCUCCUGCUUCCUGGGUUUCCUCCUGCCGUCGGGCUGGGUCCUGUCACACCCGCAGAGCUACAAGAAGCGGGAGAGACAGGAGCUGUCCUCUCCCUAA